AUGUACAAGACUGAAAGUGGUGCUGAUGAUCUGGAAGUCCUGGAUGAAUUCCUGAAAGCUACUCCCGGAUCCCUGAUCCCACAGCUGCAGCCUGUGCUGGAGCUGUUCCUCCAGGAUGAUGGACCUGGUUGUGUCAUCCUGGUCAACUUGGACACAGAUGACCCUUCGCAGUGGGAGGGGGAGAGGGGGGGUGUCAGGGGCACCCCCAACAUUCAGGGGAUACCCCCAAACUCCAGGCCCCCAACACCAAGGGUCAUCUGUGUCCACAUCAGCUGCCACAAUGCAGUGGUGGCUGUGAUCUUUUCCAAGCCCAUCAAGUCCCUCCUGACCAUCAUGUGCUACGACCGCUACGUGUCCAUCUGCAAACCCCUGCACUACGGGACCCUCCUGGGCAGCAGAGCUUGUGCCCACAUGGCAGCAGCUGCCUGGGCCAGUGCCUUUCUCUAUUCCCUGCUGCACACAGCCAAUACAUUUUCCCUGCCCCUGUGCCAGGGAAAUGCCCUGGGCCAGUUCUUCUGUGAAAUCCCCCAGAUCCUCAAACUCUCCUGCUCACACUCCUACCUCAGGGAACUUGGGCUUCUUGGUCUCAGUGGCUGUUUAGCUUUUGGUUGUUUUGUGUUCAUUGUUUUCUCCUAUGUGCAGAUCUUCAGGGCUGUGCUGAGGAUCCCCUCUGAGCAUGGAAGGCACAAAGCCUUUUCCACCUGUCUCCCUCACCUGGCUGUGGUGUCUCUGUUUAUCACCACUGCCACAUUUAGCUACCUGAAGCCCCCCUCCAUCUCCUCCCCAUCCCUGGAUCUGGCCCUGUCAGUUCUGUACUCAGUGAUGCCUCCAGCCCUGAACCCCCUCAUCUACAGCCUGAGGAACCAGGAGCUCAAGGAUGCCCUGAGGAAACUACAGCAAGAUCUGUGCCCUCAGUGUAAAUCAAGGCAUCGUAACUGA